UUGUUUGCCUUUUGGGUAGACCGAAAAACUGUAUAAGAGCGAGACUCGUGGAAGCUUCUGUUGUGUUGGUGCUACGCUUUGAUGACAGGCGACAACAAUGGCGAGAUCGUGUCCUUUUUCUUCUCCCGCGUUUUUUAGGGGGCCGAUCUUCUCGUCGUCUUAUAAACGAACUCACCUUGCCUCACUUAUAUUCGUUACUUUUACUUUAAGUCGCUGAUACCUUGGACCUAAUCUCGUUUUUUCUUCUCUUUCACUUUACAAGGGGAAUAUGGCGGAGGUGGUGAAAGUCUUGUACAUAGUGGUGGUGGAUGAUGAGGAAAAGGGAGACGAAGGUAAGACGGUGUCGUUUCGAUAUACGCGUCCCGUUUUGCAGAGCACUCUUCAGCUCAUGGGCUGCAAACCGCGACAUGCUUUUAAGAUUAGUCGAAGGGUUUUUGAAUUGAUAAGAAGUGGAAACCCUAGUUGCACUCUACUCGAAGCAGAAGAAAUAUCAGGAUUAAAUCCUUUGGAAAGAAAACAUGAAGUGGAAGAUGCAGGGUUUGUUUCAAAGACAGAAGAUAGAAGUAAGAGUGUGCCAUUUGAAUUAUACAAAAGGCGCACUACAGUCGUUGUUAGAAGAGAAACAUUCUUAGAUAUUGUCUGUGGUGCUCUGACUGAAUAUAAGUAUGUGGGUCAUAAUCAGAGGGCAGACUUGGUUUUAGCAUGCAGGAUCCGAGAAAGAAAGGAAUCUGUAACUGUGCUGAUGUGUGGCACUAGUGGCUGUGGCAAAUCUACUUUGUCUGCAUUGCUGGCUGGCAGGUUGGGAAUUACAACUGUUAUAUCCACUGAUUCUAUUCGACACAUGAUGAGGAGUUUUGUUGAUGAGAAACAAAACCCUUUACUUUGGGCUUCAACCUACCAUGCAGGUGAGUUCUUGGACCCUGUGGCGGUUGCAGAAGCAAAGGCUAGAAAGAAGGCCAAAAAAUUGGCUGGAGGUUUGCUUUCACUUCCAAAGGAUGAAGUGUCCAAUAAUUCUACGACUGGGAAAUCUGAUUCUCGUCUAGAGGUUGGUUCCAGUGUGCCAGAAUUGAUCAGUCCAAAACAGAUGGCUAUCGAAGGGUUCAAGGCCCAAAGUGAGAUGGUGAUUGAUAGUCUUGAUCGGCUGAUUACUGCAUGGGAAGAAAGGAAAGAAUCAGUUGUUGUUGAGGGUGUUCACCUGAGUCUUAAUUUUGUGAUGGGGCUUAUGAAGAAACACCCUUCAAUUAUACCAUUUAUGAUAUACAUUACAAACGAAGACAAACACUUGGAACGGUUUGCUGUACGUGCAAAGUACAUGGCCCUAGAUCCAGCCAAAAAUAAAUAUGUGAAGUUUAUAAGAAACAUUAGAACUAUUCAAGAAUAUCUCUGCCAAAGGGCUGACAAGCAUUUAGUCCCCAAAAUAAACAACACAAAUGUUGACAAGAGUGUGGCAGCUAUCCAUGCGACAGUCUUCAGCUGCCUUCGCAGGCGUGAGGCAGGAGAGCAGCUUUAUGAUCCGACCAUGAACACAGUUUCAGUGAUUGAAGAGGAGUAUCGGAACCAGUGUGCUGCUCAUUCCUUGAACUCGAAGGGGAUGUUUCAGCUGAUCCAGAGGAAAGGUUCUUCUAGGCACCUGAUGGCUCUUCUUAACACUGAUGGAUCUGUGGCUAAGGCUUGGCCUGUUAGUUCAGUAGAUGGUAAUGGGAAGCCUAUAUUGGUCCCUGGUACUGACAAUGGAAUGAGAAACCCAAUGUAUGGACCUUUGAAAAUUGGAAAAGCUGAACCAGUAAAUCUUCAAUUUGGUCACUUUGGGAUCAGUGCUUGGCUCAGUGAUGGUGGCACAAGUCAUGCUGGAAGUGUGGAUGAGUCAAGAGAUGAAUGGACUGAUACUGGUAGUAGAAACCAGUCUUCCUGCUGUAGCUCACCGAGGGCAUCUGAUAGACAUUACAAGGAGCUCAAGGAGGAACAUUCGGUACAUGGUAGUGAUGAAGAUGUUGAUGAUCCACUUGAGGCCGAUAGUGAUGAGGAUCUCAGUGAUAAUACUGUUGAGCAGGUCCUAGAAGAGAUAGGAUCAGUUGAUGAGGAGUUCACGAAAUCAGAUGAAGAGUAUGAUGAUCUGACUAUGCAGGAGAAUGGCUAUUUGAGUGAUGGCGAGGAGUUGAAGAAUGAAAUAAUUUCAGUCCCUGGUGUCCAAUCGACUCACAUGAGAGGGGACAAAUAUCGCCGGAAUCUAGACCACUUCCUUAAAAGUCGAAGUGAGCAGUCGCCUGAGCCAUUGCGCUCCUACUCUUCUCUACUUACCGAGAAAAAUGAAAAGAGAUCACCAACUUCUGGAAAUUUCAGAAUGAGAAAACGCUCUCUUAGUAUUUCAGCCUUCCCAGUCUCAGCUUUGAGCAAGCAAGGCUCUAUAGCCACUGAUCCCAUUCUUUCUAGUGCUCCUCGGAGGUAGCGGUACAAUUUUGCCCCACUUCUUUUUUUCUUUUUUUUUUUUUUUUUUGGUAUUAUCUUGAAUUUUAUGUUUUAACAUUUCUCCCGCUUUCCUUCCCGCCUAACCUUUCCCAUUUUCCUCUUUUAGAUAAGGAGAAUAUAGUUGAGUGCCAAGCUGGUUUUUGACGAAAUCUUUUGUAUAUAACAAUGCCUAGUACCUAAGAUUUGAAAUGGUGUUUCUCUUGUGUUUUUCAAUUCCCACUGUACCAUUUAGGCAAAUAAAAUUAACGAAAUCUUGUGUAUAUGACAAUGCUUAGUACCUAACAUUUGAAAUGGUGUUAUUUUUGUUUUUCAA